AUGGCACUUCAUGUAUUGAGGGAGGUAGCAUCCUCUAUCAGGAAUGGUGUAUUCUUCUCGAUCUUGGCAGACGAAUGCACAGACAUUUCGAAUAAGGAACAACUGACACUUUGCAUUAGGUGGAUUGAUGAGAAGCUUGAACCACAUGAAGAAUUCAUCGGAUUCUAUCACAUUCCGAACAUCAAGGCAGAUACUAUUGUGGCAGUCAUCAAGGAUGCAGUCAUGGGGAUGAAUUUGAGCCUGUCGAACUGCCGUGGACAAUGCUACGAUGCCGGUGGCCCAAUGGCUGGUUCACGUCGAGGUGUGGCUCAGCAAAUUCUAUCAGAGGCACCAAAGGCUCACCCGACACAUUGCCAUGGACACGCCCUUAAUCUGGCAGUAUGUGAUGCAACGAAGAGUUCCAAGCUCCUAUCGGAUGCUUUGGAUAUCACAUAUGAACUUUGUAAGCUCAUUAAGUUUUCACCCAAGCGUCAAGGCUUACUAGAUCAAAUUAAGGCGGACAUUAACUUAGAGGCUGCUGGUUUGAAGGUGAUUUGUCCAACACGAUUGACUGUGCGUGGACAGAGUUUCGAUCGCAUGAUCAAGAAUUAUGAGGCCCUUUUGAUGGAAUGGGAUGCCUGUCUGAAAGAUCGACUUGACACAGCGAUGAGAGCCAGGAUCAUUGGUGUGAAGUCACAGAUGGAGAAGUUUGAAUAUUUCUUCGCUCUUCACCUGGGUGUCAAGGUAUAUUCUAUGACUGACAAUUUAUCAAAGACUUUACAGCAGUCAUCAAUGUCUGCAGCACAAGGGCAGCGCAAUGCCAAAAAUAACGGCAGAAGCCCUAGGCAGGAAGCCCUAGGCCGCUGUGACCAGAAGUUCGGUAAGCUCUACGAGGAUGUACUUCAAAAGUCAACGGAGCUUGGGUUAUCUGGACCACAGCUACCAAGACACAGAAGAACCCCCAAGCGUUUUGAAGUAGGAAGCGGAGAGGGCUCUUUUCCGUCUUCACCGAAGGAAUACUACAAGAGGCAAUACUUCGGUGUUGGAUCUUGCUACUGCCGCUAUUAA